AUGUUACGGUUGGGUAAAGUUUGCAAAGUGAUACCAAGAAGGUUUCUUAAUAUCAAUACGCUUUCAACGCCAAAUGAGAACGCUCUGAAGUUUAUUUCCACUGAUGGUGAACUGCUCCAAGAAAAGGGAGCACCAAGCGUAGAAAUAAAAAAUACUCAAAUUAAUUUGAUUCCUUACGUUCCAUUGGCAUCUAGAAUAUUUUCACAGUGUCCUAUGGUCGAAUCUUUGAUGAUUGGUAAUGAUUUUAUUACGAUCAAUAAGGAUGAGCUCGUUAACUGGAACCAAGUAACUCCUACGGUAAUGGAUAUUUUAACGCAGCAUCUUGCUAGUGGUGCCGCUACCGUGCUUCCAGAGUUUUACGAUGCUCAAGUCGAGGAUAAUAAGCAUAGUAUGCCGGCUCCUACUUUUGAAUACGACGAAGAUGAGCAGGAAAUAAGUGAGAUGAUCGAAGAACUUAUCAAGACAAGAAUUAGACCUGCCAUUAUGGAAGAUGGAGGCGAUAUAUUGUACAGGGGCUGGAAUCCAGAGACAGGGAUCGUGUAUUUGAAGCUCCAAGGCGCUUGCAAGUCUUGCUCUUCAAGCGAAGUGACGCUCAAACACGGAAUAGAGUCUAUGUUGAAGCACUAUAUCGAAGAAGUCCAGGGCGUUGAACAGGUCAUAGACCCAGAAGAGCAGGUUGCCUUAGAAGAGUUUAAGAAGUUGGAGGAACGGAUUCAGAAUAAAUCCCGGAAGCAGGAGUAG